UCUUCGUUGGAAUUGGAGGCAGAGAGAACAAAUAAAAAAAAAAUAAAAAAAAAGUAAAAAAAUCUGCUUCGCUCCCUCGCUCUCUCGUCCGCUCGGCAACGGAUAAGAUUUCGCAUGCUCUCCGCCUUCUUCCUCCGGCGAACGCAAUCUGCCACCGGGAACUGAUAGUAGCAAAUCACAUCUUUCUCAGGCUGCCAUUCGCAAAUACACAUGAGCUUCACGGCCGAUCUCUCCUGCGCCUCCCAAUGCUUCAAUUGCAGCGCUCUCCGCUCCUGGGAUUACCUCUGCACGCCUGCGUUUUCUUCCACGAAUGCGCUGCCCUUCCGGAGCUUCUAUUCCAAACCUCCCACCCUCCUCAGGUUGAAGUCGAGAAGAUAUUGGAUAGCGUGCCAGGGCAUGACGGAGACUGAGCCAGAUAACGACGAGGAAAAAGAUAAGGAUGUGGCUUCUAGCAACAAACUGUUGGAUCAGGAAGUAAAAGUUGAAAAUAACGAGGAAGAAUUUGUGACUCAAAAUAGUGACACGGUCAAGGAUGAUGAGUUGGAGUUUGCUAUUGGUUCACCUUUGCCCGGAAUGAAGCAACAAUUUGAUGAAACUAUGAAGAUCUCGAAGGCAAUUAUUGACAUCCUUAAAGAUCAAGUUUUUGGUUUUGACACAUUUUUUGUAACCAGCCAGGAAACUUAUGAGGGAGGAGUGUUAUUUAAGGGUAAUCUUCGAGGAAAACCAGCAAAAAGUUAUGAAAAGAUAACAAAUAGAAUGCAGGGCAAGUUUGGAGAUCAGUAUAAGCUUUUCCUCCUUAUCAAUCCAGAGGAUGACAAGCCGGUUGCAGUAGUGGUGCCAAAGCAAACCUUGCAGCCAGAAACUACUGCUGUUCCAGAAUGGUUUGCUGCAGGGGCAUUUGGCUUGGUUACCAUCUUCACAUUACUUCUUCGAAAUGUCCCUUUUCUGCAGUCAAACUUGCUAUCAACAUUUGAUAAUCUGGAACUGUUGAAAAAUGGCCUUCCUGGAGCCUUUAUAACUGCACUAAUUAUAGGUGUUCAUGAGUUUGGUCAUAUUUUAAUUGCCAGAGAUACUGGCAUCAAGCUUGGAGUGCCUUUUUUUGUUCCUAGUUGGCAGAUUGGAUCUUUCGGUGCUAUUACAAGGAUCUUAAGUAUUGUACCAAGCCGCGAGGAUCUCCUCAAGUUGUCAGCUGCAGGGCCAUUGGCUGGGUUUGCAGCAGGGGCACUUCUUUUGAUUUUAGGAUUUAUCUUGCCUCCCAUUGAUGGCAUCGGCAUUGUGGUUGAUCCAGCAGUCUUUCAUGAAUCCUUUCUUGCUGGUGGUAUCGCAAAACUUCUUCUUGGUGAUGUUCUGAAAGAAGGAUCUCCAUUGUCAAUCAAUCCACUUGUGUUAUGGGCAUGGACUGGACUUAUCAUUAAUGCCAUCAAUAGUAUUCCUACAGGAGAGCUUGAUGGUGGUCGCAUCUCAUUUGCCAUUUGGGGAAGAAAGACAUCCACUCGCAUAUCCGGCGUUACUAUUGCUCUGCUUGGAAUAUCAUCGCUCUUUAACGAUGUGGCUUUCUACUGGACGGUCUUAGUAUUCUUCUUGCAGAGAGGGCCUAUUGCCCCUCUCGCCGACGAAAUCACUGAGCCAGAGACUAAGUACAUUGGCCUUGGUGUUGCAGUGCUGCUGCUGGGAUUGCUCGUGUAUCUGCCUUACCCUUUUCCAUUCUACAACGAAGGGGUUAAUUUUGAUUUCUAGGGCUGUUUGCGCUUGAGUUUUAUGUUUUAAGUAAACAAAAAUUGUAGUUAGUUGAUUUCAAGCAAUAAAAGCUGUGUUGUUGUUUGUUAA